GAGCAUGAAUAUAUGAAUAUGUCCACCCAACUUAUCGAUGCUGGCGACGACACUGCCGAGUUUUGAUUCUUGAUAAAAAGACAUGUGCCUUUUUUGGAAUUUCAAAGACUAGCUUUUUGAACGCCUGUAUUUUAAUACUUGUAAAGCAAUAUUUCAAGGACUCAUUUAUACUGACCAUUGUUCGAAAAUUGCUUCUGUAAGCAUCUAUCUAGCAAGGGUAAUCCCCUAAAUUGCGUAUAAAAAAAAUUGGGCAUUCUUCGUCCUUUGCAGUUUGAAGGGAGCAUCAAAGUUGUGCCAUACAUAUAAACUGUGGUUAUACAAGACCCAUCACAGAUAACAGAAAUCCUGCUCAACAUGAUAUGUAUCAUAUUUUUAACUGCCAAAGUUGGAAAAGCAUCAAAUGAUGAAAGAAACAUUACCUCUGUACACUUUGACAAAGGCAAAUGUGAAAUAAAGCAUUGCAAAAAAUACAUCCAAAAAGAUGCGGGCUUGUUUGUACAAUUUCAAGCACAAGAAAUCAAAGUAACAUACACACAUGUCGCACUGAAAGCUGUACAUGAUAAUAACAAGACAGAAGAGAUAUGUACUGUUGAUUUUGAUGACAAUGAUACAAGCAAUAAAACUUGCAAGUUGUCAAGCAAUGAUAAGGAAGUCAAUAUCACUGUGAUGAGUGGAGAAAGAUGCAUCAAAGAUUGCAGACUGAUGCUUGACUUUUUCCCAACUUCAGAUUGUUUUAAACCUCAAGGCAUCCAUGUAAUACACAAAAAAAUAACAGUGGAAGCAUUGUAUGCAGGCGAGAUGACAACAAAACCAACCAAACCUGCAGCAAUCAAGCCAGGCAAAUCCACAGCAAUCACCCUCAGAAAAUCCACAGCAACGUACACAACAGAGGUGAAUGCAGACAAAUCGACAGCAAGCUCAGUUAGCCAAACUCCAACAGAAGGAAGUUCAACAGAUGAGAAAACAACCCGACAGAAAUCAAGUGCUAGCUCCAAGAAUGAUAUAACAAAGGAUGUGCAUAUUGUCUUACUUGCCACAUUGUAUUUUAUUUUUGCACAAUACUUUGUGCAUUGAUUUAGCAUGCAUAUAUAGACAUUGUAAAUUAUUUUGUAUAUAAAAUCUUGUUUCAUAGAGUUUUGAAAUUUUAACCCUCUAAAAUAUGUGAUGGGUUUGGAAAAAAAUGUUCGUUGCAUUGUGUAUUUUAGGUAUUAUAGUUGAAGAAACUAUUUAUUCUGCUAUCUGUAUAUAAAUGGUUAUGGAAUAAUGUUUAACAGACAGUUGGUGCAUAAUUUAAUUCUUUGAGUAUAUGUAAGUUAAUUGUACCAACAAUAAUUCCCAAAAAAAUUGUUCACAGAAAAUCAGAUACAAAAAUACCAGAUUUUUUAGCAGAUUUCAGUGACUUUUGAUACGUAAAAGGGCUCUUGACUUAUCACACCUUUCAUGCAAUGAUCAGAUAGUAAAUAUUUUUUUAAAAACAUACCCUUUCCAUGAACUCCAUUCUUUCCAUAGCUGCAUUCUCCAAUACAAAAUAUGUCCCAAUAUUUUGUUAGCUAUUUGACAUCCACCCCAGCACCUUCAAUCUGGGAUGAAAUUUAAGGGUUGUUAGUUAAAAAGUAU